UAAAAUAUCCAGUUGUUUUUCAGGUGUUCCAGGAUGUGGCUGCUGGUUGUCAUGAUGGUUGUACAAGGCACUGUGAAUCCAGCAGAAUCCAAGAGCAAAACAGAAGUGAAUCCUGAAGUAUAUAUGAAUAUUAGUGAAAAAAUCCGGUACUGGGGAUAUCCUUCUGAAGAAUACGAAGUUAUUACAAAGGAUGGCUACUUCCUGAGCCUAAACAGAAUUCCAGGAGGCUCAAAGGCCGCUAUAUUGCUGGUUCAUGGUUUGACCUUGGAAGGCAGCGACUGGAUAGCAAAUCCGCCUCAUCAGAGCCUGGGUUUCAUACUAGCAGAUGCUGGAUAUGAUGUCUGGAUUGGAAACAACAGAGGAAACUCUUGGUCGAGAAGACACCAGUACCUUACCAUUGAAGAAGAAGCAUUUUGGGAUUUCAGUUUUCAUGAAAUGGGCAUCUAUGACCUUCCUGCCAUGACAGACUUUAUUCUGCAGAAAACCGGACGGGAUAAAAUCUACUGUGGUGGCCAUGCUCAGGGAUCCACCAUAGCUUUUGUUGCAUUUUCUGUAAUCCCUCAAAUGUCUGAAAAAAUAAAGAUGUUUUUUGCCAUGGGGCCUGCAUACACAUUGCAGUUCAGUGUGAGUCCCAUUAUACGAGUGCUGCGUAUGCCUAAUACAUUGUUCAAGAUUAUAUUUGGCACAAAAGAAUUCUGCCUGCUGAGUCCCAAACUCAAAGAACUUUUGGCUCAAAGGUGCAGCUGCCGACUGGUUGAUGUAAUCUGCAAACAAGCUCUUUUACUUAUCAGUGGAUUCAACGAGAAAAAUCUAAAUGCGAGCCGGACCGAUGUGUACACAUCAAUAUUCCCGGAUUAUACUUCUGUGAAAAAUAUGAUCCACUGGAACCAGUCUGGUAGAACUGGGGAAUUCAGAUACUUCGAUUAUGGUCCAAAGAACAUAGAUAAAUACAAUCAGACGACUCCACCCUUCUACAGGAUAGAAGAGAUCACAGUCCCAAUUGCUAUGUGGAGCGGAGGACAAGACUGGAUUGGCAGGCCAAAGGAAGCUGCGCAGUUGCGGUCUCGAAUCACUCACCUUGUUCACCAUAAGGAGUAUCCAGACUGGGACCACUGGGACUUCAUUUGGGGCAUUGAUGCUCAUCAGCGGAUGUACAUGGAAAUCCUUGACAUGAUGCAGAAAUAGCUGUGGGAUUUCUCUUUUGUUGUGCAGGACUUUUCUUCAAAACAGUGAUAUUCCGUUUCAACUAAACGUUGGGUUUCAUAACGCAUGCUCACUGUUUCCCCAGUGGGCAUUGGUUACAGACCAUCGCUCUCCACCUCCUUCCCGGCAGCCAGACCUGCAUGGUCACUGUCCGAUGCGGAAUCCCCCCCAGCCAUCACAGCUGUGGGGGCAUACCUGCCUGGCCAGUGAACUGAAUUCAAACAGGCCAAUUAGGGCCCAAUUUAUGGGGGAAUUCAUUGCUGUUCAGCCUGGCAUUGGCCACUGCCAUGACCAGCACUUUGAAUUGGGAAUGGAAACUAAUCAGCAGCCACUGCAGUUGUACCAGGAUUGGUGGUAUAUGCUCAAACUGUCUUGUUCUGGUGAGCGUCUGGCCAUU